AUGCGCGUUCCUCAUUUACACUAUUUAAGUACCUGGCGGUGGCUUCUGCAGCUUCAGGCUCCAGCGCCAUUUGUAAUGCAUCCAUGGGGACUUUUAGCUGCAUUAUUGCGAUCACCAAGUCGCCUUUUAGAUGGCGUAACGGUCUCCCAUCAUCGCUAUCUAGACCGUAUCGCGGCUUCAAUUACACAAAAUCCUGUGUUGUUUCCCAAUGGAUUUUUCUCAGAUGGAUGGGGCGAUUUAAACACGUUUCAACGAAUACGUGAGCUUUUACAGACUCGACGCAUGAGUGACGUUGUAAUGCUAAAAGAUGGCGAACUAGCGUGGGGUAAAGUUAAAAAGCUGUUGAAUGCUAAAGUUUCUAUAAGAGAAGGCAAGUUUCGAAGCACAUUGGAGGAUGCAAAGCAAUUGCUACCUGUGGAAAGUCAAGAUGCAUUGUGUGAAUUGGUCACGCCACUAGAGUGGAUACAGGAUGAAAGCAUUCCACAAGGAGGACGUGAUCGACCUUUAGUGGUGUUACUACCAGGAACGGGAGAGCAUGGGUUUCUACAUCGAAGGACGUCCGUUGCCAUUCCGCUGGCAAGACACGGGAUUGCAUGUUUGAUUCUGGAAGGCCCUUACUAUGGAAAGCGCAAACCUUGCGAUCAAAAAGGGUCAAAGUUACGCAAGGUCAGUGAUUUACCAAUUCUCGGUCAAGCAACAAUCGAAGAAGCUAAGUCAUUAUUGGCAUACUUUCGUGACUAUCACGGGUUUUCGCAAUUAGUAGUCGCGGGUAAUAGUAUGGGUGGAUUGCAUGCUGCGAUGGUUGCAUCAGUCUUUCCUGGAGACGUAGGAGCCACCGCUUGGUUGGCUCCACCAUCAGCUGUACCUGUGUUUGCAGAUGGGCUACUAUCUGGAUCUUGCAAUUGGCGCUCGUUGUACAAGCAACACGAACUACAGUUGCUCGAUAAAAUGCUAACCGGACAUUCUGUUGUCGAGUCCUAUGUAAGACUAGUUACUUCUGGCUCAACCAUCGAAAAAGAGCGAGAUGCGGUAAUUGAUGCAAAGCUGGAUCCGGUUCAGGAAGCCAAAAAACGAAUGAGGCUAUUCCUCUCGAUCACGGACAUCGAUAAUUUUAGACCUCCAAGACGUUCAGAUGCUGUAGUCUUUGUAUACGGAUCGGAAGACGAAUACAUUGGCUUCACAGAGCCUCAGUGGCAGCGCAUGCGCGAGCGAUGGAGACGAGCACAUUUUCGAGCUAUCAAAACGGGGCACAUUAGUGGCAUUCUGCUGGAGCAAGAAGCUUAUCGCAAAACGAUUUUAGAAGUCGUUCACCUCUUGAAAGAGAAAGGAGCAACAACGAAUUACUCGUCGUAA